CCUGAACUGAAAAAAGGAGAGUGUGCAAUGUGCCUGCCUGACUGACACCUCGUCCCUUCAUCCUUCUCUUGACAGCCAACUCCACCCCCAUUCCCCCAUAACAACAACAAACAAUGGGUGGCCUCCUAAUCUUUUUUGUUCUCGCCGUGGUCAUCGCCUUGUCCGCCGCCUCGUACCUCUUUGCCCCUCGUGGACCCAACCAAACUGUCAUUCGCACCGCGUUGAUCAUGACGUUGGUUUCCUGCUACCUCAUGUGGGCUAUCACGUAUCUGGCACAGCUGCACCCGCUGUUGCAACCAAGGCACAGCAAGAUCAGACCCCACAACCCAGUGGAUCACUCUCUUUAAAGGAACGGAAGCAUAAAGGGAAAAUGCUUCGGUCAACUCGGGACUUUUGGAUCAGGACGAUGAACGGAGAAAGAUAAAGUGAGGCAGGAUUUUUCAGGAAGACAAGAGCGCCUAGCUAUUAUUCUGGAAGUCUUCACCCUGAGCGAUGGCUCCUGUUGCAUUCGGCUUUGACCAAUUACCCUCGAUAUAUUGACCCCUCCCGGCUUCCAUGGUGACCUCAUACUCAACAUUCUCCUCUUCCACGACUCGAUUGUACAAUAAAAUACACGCCGAUGUAUCGCCUGA